AUGUUCGCCAACAUUACCAAAGCGCUUGGCAUUGACGCCUUCAAGACUUACACCCAGAUUCAGGGUACAAUUGACAACAUGGAUCAAAUGUCUGAUGGACACGACAUCCGCAGUUACUCGUCCUCUGCCCGCGAAGGGCUUCUCUCAGCAGGCACAGUCAAUCUAUUCAACAAGAAUGGCAAAAGGUUCAUCGCCACGGUGUCCAAAUUAGCCUUGGUUGUUGUCUCUUCCGCAUUCCGCAAGUGCCUAAUAGCAAAUCCCGAUGCCGAAUCCAUCAACAUUUCCGAGGAGUCCGUUGAUGACGAUGCCGUUGCAAAGCUUAUGAAAUGGGUAAACGAUAUUAUUAGCGUCUCUGAUGCACAUUUGGAAGUUGAGCUUACUCACGCAUCCAAAGAUAAUGAGGCUAUUGUAGCCAUUCACAUCCGUCAUGCGGCGCAGUACCUAGGCAUGGAGCAAUACAUCGAGCAUCUUGUCACCCAGUACAAGUGCCAUAUGCAUGCGCGUAUUCCUACGCUCAAGGAAGCCGAGAUUAUGGAGCGCUUUUCCAAGCCACAUCAGGAUGACAUGCUCGAGGCCUUGGCUGCGCGUCUAGAGUACCUGCGUCGUACGGGUAGAUCCAACGCAGGCAAGUAUGAGUACGAAAAGCUUUUGCGGGAAAACCGAAAGAUUGCGAAGGUGGUUAAGGAGAAUGAGCGUAUCGCGUACUCAAAAUACUGCUUCUCUUGCCGAUGGAAUGAGAAGAAUUCCCUUUGCAGUCACCAGGAGUAG